AUGCUUCAGAAUAAGUUAUCUAAUAUAAAUCUUAUAUCUAUUAGAUGUAUAUAUCAUAUUCUUAAUCUUAUUGUGAAGACAGAAUUAACAGAAAUUGAUAGACUUCAACAAAAAGUACAUAAAGUUAUAAAAUAUUUAGCCAACCCUUUAGCUAAUAGAUGUUUAGAAUUAUUAGAAUCAUAUUAUUAUGUUUUAAUCGUAUAUGUUCUUAAUUCAAAAUAUAAAAUAGAACAUUUGAAAGCAACUAUAAUAGAAGUUGGUAGAUAUUCAAAGAGCAAAGCUGAACAAUAUGUUAAUAGCAUUCAACAAAAAAUAUUUUUAUAUAAAACAAAAUAUACAAGUUCACAAUUUUCUAUUUCAGAAAUAGAAAGUAAUAAUAGUAUAAUGCAUAAGAUGGCUUUGGAUUUUCUUAGUAUUCAACCUUCUACUAUUGCUAGUAAAAGAGCUUUCGUUUGA